UUGAAAACAGAGAUGUUCCUAUUCUCAGUCUCCAUAGGUAAGACACACAACGGAGAGACUAAGUACCAGCCACAAGAAAAUGGCGGGGAAAAGUGGUUCUGCAGGUGAUCUCGUGGGAAAAGUUCUCCAGGGAACUUGUGGAUGGUCGGAUUCAUCCAUUGUCAAGUGUGGAAGGUUCUAUCCAGGCUCUGUGAAGACAACAGAGGAUCGUUUGCUGCAUUAUUCGAGGGUCUUUCCUUGCGUGGAGUGCGACACGAGCAACUAUGCGAUUCCCAGCCCGGCUGUUGUGGAAAAAUGGCUCAAGUGUGUUCCUGCUGGUUUCAAGUUCCAUUUCAAAGCUUUUGGAUUCUUUACAAGAAAAUCAAUCUCUCUAUCAGCACUACCACAUGUUGUUAGAGACGAGCUGCCAGCAAGCAUCCUAAAUGGACAAACAUCAAUCACAUGGGAGGAACUGACAGAAGUGCAAAAACAGAAACUCUGGGACAGAUAUAAUUCUGCACUUCUCCCAGCUUAUCAGAAGAACAAGUUGGGAGUUGUGGUUUUCCAGUUCCACCUAGGUUUUCACCCCACUGAUGUGAACAAGAAGCACAUAAUAGAAUGUAGGAAAUUUCUUGAUGUCCGUUAUCCUAUGGCUGUAGAGUUUCGCUCCCGAGUUUGGUUUUCAGCAGAAAACCUGCCUGUGUCCUUAGACUGGCUGAAACAGCAUAAUAUCGGUCUGGUGGUUGCUGAUGAACUACAAAGUGAAUUGUAUGUUGACAAGAGUAACUCUGCAGACCAUCAAAAGGAUUCAGGUGGUGGUGGAACAGUACCGAUUGUCAUGGUGCUUGGGUCAUGUGACUUUGCUUAUAUCCGUGUGCAUCGAAGAAUUGGCAAACAUCGUGUUUUGGGUGAACAGGAGAUAAAGAGUUGGGGAGAACGUUUACGUUCGUCUGAAUUACAGAGUUCAAUAAGAGGACCAAUCUAUUUUAUGUGGGGAACAGAUCAUGAGGACCAGCCUAUCAUCAACUCGAAGAAUCUGACAAAAGAAAUCGGAACGUUGGCCUACAAUUGGAAGGAUAAGAUCUCUAACACUGGCCUGUUAAGGUUCUGUUCCAAAGUACACACAGCACAAGGGGACCCGUUAAACGAAAGUUCCGUUUCAGAAGGAAAAAGUGUCGAAAACGAAGGAGAAGUCUUCUUUCGCGCAGUCUCCGCUGAAGACGAGAAAAUCCCGGGAACUGAUUCACCUCGCGUAACGCAAGACAGAGAGCACCCUGUCAAAUUGGUAAAUAAAAGCGGGAAUUCUUCUCCGUUGUUACUUGAAGAAUCUAAGUCUAAGUUAUCGUCGUCUGGUUCAUCCACGAAACGAACUUCAAGUUCAGCGGGGUUUAUUUCACCCAAGAAAAAGCAUGCGUCAGCGAGUUUGAAAAGAAAAAUUUCCACUCCAAAGAACCAGAGAACGAUAUCGCAUUUUUUCAAGAAGUAAAUCCGUUACUCGAGUGGUUAACAGUAUCUUCACACACUUACGGACAUUGCAACAAGUUGCUUUUGAUAAAUAUUAUAAUGUCGUACAGUGGAACCACGUUUAUACGGUCACCAUGAGAAUUUGGCCGUAUUAGCGGGGUGGCCGUUUUAAUGGGGUAGGAUCAAAAUUUCAUGACUGGUCUAAAUUGAGUGAAGACUUCACAGUUAAAUAACAACUGCACUUCUGAACAACCGCUCUUUAAUAAGCAUCCGGAAUGCAGAUAUAAUUUUAAAAAAUUGCAAAUUCAAUCAGUACAUCCAAUAUUAACAAUGGAACGACGAACAUACCUGGUUUGAGUAGCCGUAUAAAUGGGGUAAAUUAUAAAUGAUUAUACAGGUUGGGAUUUCAGAAUGUGGCCAUUGGCCGUAUUAGUAGAGUGGCCGCAUUAACGGUUUUUUUAAGUGAAAAUGUAUGGGGGUUUCGCCGGGACCAAAAAGGUGGCCGUAAUAACGAGACAACCUUGUUAACGAGGUUCCACUGUAAUUAUAAAAGGGCCUAGACGACCUAGUCGUUCAUCUCCAACAUGAACCUGCCUCGGAAUUCUUUAUACUUCUAGAUUUUACGUACGAGAACUGAACUAUUAUUAUUGUUAUGCUAUACAGUGCAUGGUGUUCUUAGAGAGUAGGAAUUUUAAAAUACUUAGUAUAAAAUAGCGGUAAAACUAGACAAAUAUUUUCAUACCCUCAAAGAGACCUAUGAGUCAGAAUUUGUAACUGGCGAUGUUUCAGUAUUAUAUAUGAAAUAUCGAGUAAUAGAGUCGGAGAAAAGUGUUUGAUUCAGUAAAUAUAAUUAUAUUUUUAGAGUGAAUAAAUCCAACAUUUAUUUUGAGUAAA